GCCACGUAAACACCACCGGAACCAAAACCACAACGAAACAUCAUCGUCAACGUCGGGUUCGGAGUAGAAGCUGCAAUGUCCACUGCGAGAGUUCAAGUUUCGGCGUGUGCGCUUUCCGCUGCCGUCAACAACCUCCGUCUCCGGCCAACCGCCGUCGUUUCCUUUACCAACCAUUUCAGGAAGAAGUCUCUGAGGGUGGUGUCAAUGUCGUCCGUUCCCCCUUCCCAACCCUUCGAAGUCGCCGUUAAAGCUUCCGUCACUACACCCAAUAGGCUCGGCGACUGUCCCUUUUGCCAAAGGGUAUUACUAACACUGGAAGAAAAACAUCUACCUUAUGAACCCAAGUUGGUGGAUUUCACCAACAGACCAGAAUGGUUCCUUAAAGCCAAUCCUGAUGGUAAAGUUCCUGUCAUAAAGUUUGAUGAGAAGUGGGUUCCGGAUUCAGAUGUUAUCACUCAAACAUUGGAAGAGAAGUAUCCUAUCCCACCAUUGGUGACCCCACCCGAAAAGGCCACAGUAGGUUCAAAGAUAUUUUCUACAUUUAUUGGAUUUCUCAAGAGCAAGGAUCCCAAUGAUGGAACAGAACAAGCAUUACUAAGUGAACUGAGAUCUUUCAAUGAUUACAUAAAGGAAAAUGGCCCUUAUAUUAACGGUAAUGAGAUAUCUGCAGCUGACCUAUCACUUGGACCAAAGCUAUACCAUUUGGAGAUUGCUCUGGGGCAUUAUAAGAAAUGGACAGUACCUGAUUCACUUACCUCUUUGAAGGCUUACACGAAGGCGAUUUUCUCGAGGGAAUCGUUCAUUAAAACAAGUGCACAACCGCAGGAUGUCAUUGAAGGUUGGCGUCCUAAAGUAGAAGGCUAAUAAUAUCCACUGGUCACACUCAUUUUCAUUACACUCUCACGACUAUACCCCCGAGGAACAAUGUAUGAAGAAUUGAAAGACCUGUAUCGUUUUGUAUUAUAAUCUUACUCAUUCACUAUGAAUUAUGGAAUAAAUAUUUAUUAACAAUAGUUGGUCUCAGAUUGUAACAUGUUUGAUAUGAGUCCUGAAUGAAAAUAGUUGCAUU